AGUCUGAGGAAUAAAUCUGGGGUUUUAAUAUUGAUCAUAAAUUCAUUGAGUAUUCACAAGAAAAGAAAUGGAGUAUCAUCAGGAUAGUGUCUCCUACCAUCCAGACAUCUGUCUGAUAACAGAGUUCAUUAAUAAUAAAUUCUACUUCGCCACGUUGCUUCCGGGGAAGCGAGAGCCUAGAGCUGCUGCUGAUAUUUAUUUCUUCAGCAUUGACGAUGAACUGAUUUAUAAUAAUUUUUACAAUGACUUCGGACCGUUGAAUCUCGCCUGUUUGUACAAAGAAUAAAUUACUGAUUCCAAUAGAUAUUGCUGGAAGCUGAAUCACAUAUUCAAUAAUCCUCGCAAUUAUCUGCGAAAUGUCGUUCAUUACACAACCGAUGAUGAAGAAAAAAAAUCGAAUGCUGCAUUUCUAGUCGCCUCAUACGCAAUUCUGCACUUACAAAUGAGUCCGAAGCACGCGUAUAGGCUCCUGAUGAAUGGAAACAAUCAGCGCCAGUUCAAGAACUUCCAGGAUGCCUCGAUGGGCAGAUCUCCCUACACGAUUCGUCUCCAAGACUGCCUGAACGCCCUGUACACAGCAGCAACCUUCGGUUUCUUCAACUUCGAGGACUUCGACAUCUCGGAGUACGAGAAAUACCACCAGCUGAAGCACGGAGAUCUAAACUGGAUAGUUCCCCAGAAAUUUCUAGCGUUCAUUGGCCCUAGCACUGAACCCGGAAGCCCCUAUCAUCCCCCUGAACACUACAUAGAGUAUUUCUUGAAGAAUGGAGUGAAAACCGUCGUCAGAUUGAACAGAGAAUCCUACGAUGCCUCCAGAUUCACAAAACACGGAAUUUCCCAUUGUGAGUUAUUUCUACCCGAUGGCAGCAUUCCCUCCAGAAAAAUCAUGCAUAAAUUCCUGAAACUGGCGGAGAACAGUGAUGGAGCCAUAGCUAUCCACUGCAAAGCAGGAUUAGGUCGCACGGGGACCCUGAUAGCCGCCUAUCUGAUAAAACACUACAAGAUGAACGCGCGAGAGGCAAUCGCGUGGACCAGAAUAUGUCGUCCAGGUUCGGUGAUAGGACACCAGCAGUCCUGGCUCGAAAGCAUCCAGAACGAGCUCUGGAUAUCCGGCGAGCAGUACAAACUGAGGAAUUUUGGGAACUCCAAAGUGUUAAUUCAUCAUGAACGAGGCAUUUACUCCAUUGCCAGUAAAAUUGAGAAGAAAAUGCAUCCAAUGUCCUCUGGGGGCUGUCAAUCCCCCGAGAGAUCUGAACAGCGACAAAAUAAUCAUGAGAGGGGUGAAGCUAAAUGUACGAAGAAGAUGGAAAUGAGUAAUAUGACACGGAAUAUUAGUGGAAGUCCCGGAACUAGUCGGAGCAGCAGCAAGUCGGGCUUCGGUCGCAUUUUCGGGAAACUAAAGUCACUGGGAGGUCAUGCAUUGCCGGUUAGAGACGACUCGAACAUCACUGGCGCGCCGCCAGUGAAGUGUAAACAAAUGGCGACAACGACUGGAGUCAAAAGAAAGGGCGGGAAGGCUUCGAACUUGAGCCAGGGAGAUUUUUUGAAUAAAAUCAAGGUUGGAAGGGCGAGCUGAUGGGCCGGGUGGAGCAGCAAGUCUAGCUUCGUUCGCAUUUUCGAGAAAUUGAAGUCACUGGGAGGUCAUGCAUCACCGGCUAGAGACGAGUCGAACAUCACUGGCGCGCCGGCAGUGAAAUGUAAACAAAUGGCAACAACCACUCGAGUCAAAAGAAGGAGUGGGAAGAAUUCAAACUUAAGCCAGGGAGAUUUUUUAAAUAAAAUCAAGGUUGAAUGGGGUAGAUUGUUAGACUGAUUGUUGAAGAUU